AUGUUUGCACUUCUUGCUAUUCGUAGGACUCCAAGGGUGUCCUCUAACUACAUUCCAGUGUUGACGCCAUAUUUUCCAGGGAUGAUGAACAGGACCAUACAAUCUAUUAAAUGGUAUGCUAAACAAAAAAAUGAAGAGUCUUCAGAUAACAGUAACAUUUUUACGCCAUACCUUCCAACAUUGCGUUUUUCAAAUGCUGAAAAAUCAACAGAUGAAGAUAACUUGGGUGGUUUAACCUUUUUUGUACAAAGAAAAUUAAGGGAAUUAAUGGGCAGAAACGCAGAAGAUGAUGGAACAGAUGAUGAAAACCCUGCAGCAUUUGGAUUAUAUAGAGAGCUUCAGAAAUUAAUUGGCCUACGCAAUGGGGAAGAAAAAGUCGCAAAAAGGAGACCACGUUAUCAUUAUCGUUUCCCAAUCAACAGAGAUCUCUAUCUUCACUGGCUGAAGCAUAUGAACAGGCAACGUCUUUCGAAGGGCCAAGUUGCUCCGAAGAGAUAUGCUGCGCCAAGAAUCGCACCAAAGAGAGUUCUUGUUCCAAAGAAAUAA